AUGCCGGCAUCAAAGCAGGCGCCCCCUCGCUUCAAGACCAUCCAGACACUUCAAAUCGACUACGCACCGGUCAAGAUCACCCAGUAUGAGUCGACCAGGACGGGUAUGCGAGUCGCCGUUGUCGACAAGAAGGGCCCGAAGGUUGAGGGUGAGUUCGCACUUGCCACUGAGAUUAACGACAACUCUGGAGCGCCACAUACCCUGGAACAUCUAGUCUUCAUGGGCUCGAAAUCAUACCGAUACACUGGCCUCCUUGAUAGACUCUCAUCUCGGGCAUUUAGCACUACGAAUGCCGGCACUGCAACAGACUAUACGUCUUACUCCCUCAAGACCGCCGGCUGGGAAGGAUUUGCACACAUUCUGCCGGUUUACCUAGAACAUCUCAUCGUGCCAACUAUGACGGAUGCCGCUUGCUAUACCGAAGUACAUCAUAUCGACGGUACUGGUCACGAUGCGGGUGUUGUCUACUCAGAAAUGCAAGGCAGAGAAAAUAGUUCGAUGGAUUUAAUGGAGCUGCAUCGUCGGAUUUUGCUGUAUCCUGAAGGCAAUGGUUUCAGGUCUGAGACUGGUGGCAUGACGAAGGAGCUGCGAGUGCUUACUGCAGACCGCAUUCGAGCAUAUCAUAAAGAGAUGUAUCAGCCGAAGAACCUCAGAGUGAUCGUCACUGGUGAGAUUGACCACGACGAACUGCUGCAGAUCUUGGAUGACUUCGAGUCGACGAUUAUCGACGAUGUGCCUCCCCUUGAAGCACCUUUUCGUAGACCUUGGGUUGAGUCGAAGCCGACUCCACUUUUGAACGAGACCAAGGUCGACACCAUCGAAUUUCCCGAAGAGGACGAAUCUAUGGGUGAGAUCACAGUCGGCUUCCUUGGCCCUAACUGCGACGACUCUGUGGGCAAUGCCGCGCUUGCGGUACUGUUGAGUUAUCUUGCCAACAGCUCGGUUGGUGUCUUGGAGAACACUCUGGUCGAACGAGAGCAGCUCUGCAGUGCCGUCUACUAUGAAACUGAAACUCGACCAGACGUUGUCGUCUGGUUCGACCUGACCUCAGUCGAGACUGAGCGCUUGGAGGAGGUGUACAAGCGGUUGAUCGAAGUGUUGAAAGAGACAGUGCAGAAACCACUCGACAUGGACUACCUCAAUGACUGCAUCAAGCGGGAGAAGAGGCAGCUCAAGGAGCGAGCUGAAGCUUCCGAAGACUUCUUCACGCAACCUCUCGUCGAAGAUCAUUGCUUCAGCAGCAGAGACGGCCGAAAUCUAAAAGAUCUGGAGAGCUUACAGGAUAUCGACACAGUCGCGGCGUGGUCUGAAGCACAGUGGAAAGACGCGCUGUCCAAGUUCUUCGUGGACAAUCAUCAUGUCUGCGUCCUGGGUGUGCCUUCGAAGGAGCUCCAAGAGAAGAACACUGAAGAUGAGAAGGCACGCGUCAAAGCACAGCAGGAGAAAUUCGGCGAGGACGGUCUCAAAAAACUCGCAGAACAACUUGAACUGGCCAAGGCGAAGAACGGCCAGGUCAUACCAGAUUCAUUGCUGGAGCAAUUCCCGAUCCCCAAAGCUGAGUCUGUCCCUUUUAUCGACACGAUCACGGCUCGGUCUGGCGCUGCAAGGAAGAUGGGCAAUCUCGACAACGACAUGCAAAAGAUCAUAGACAAGGCCGAUGACGGGUCUCCGUUGUUCAUCCACUUCGAACAUAUCCCUUCCAACUUCGUCAAGAUCAAACUGAUUAUGGGCACAUCUGCUGUGCCUGAUAAGCUGCGACCAGUAUUGAGCCUCUACCUCGCCAAUCUCUUCACAACGCCCGUCAACCGUGACGGCAAACGUAUCGAAUUCGAGGACCUCGUCUUUCAACUGGAGAGGGAGACAAUCUCAUACUCGAUGUAUGCGGCACGCGGAAACCAGCAAAUGCUGAGCUUGAGCGUUCGAACAGAGCCAGAAUCUUACGAAAAGGUCAUCUCAUACAUACGUACGGUCUUGUUCGAUGCCAUUCACGACCCAGUGCGGCUCCACGCAUCGCUCACGAAGCUCUUGGCCGAUCUGCCUUCAGAGAAGCGUGCUGGAGAUGCGAUGGCAUAUGCAGUCAACACCAUCAUCAACACCAACCGCACCUCAAAUGGUCGUGCCACUAGCACACUCACCAAGACGCUCUACCUGAAGCGUCUCCGCAAGCUAUUACGACAAGACGAGCAAGCAGUCAUCUCGAAACUCCAAGCCCUCUGCGACGCUCUCCACCGGCCAGAGAACUUUCGCGCAUACGUCGCCGCAGACCUCACCAAGCUCCCUAACCCGGUCUCUGCCUGGCGACAACUCACCAACGGCCUUGACCUCAAGAAAGACCUCUCCCCUCUCGAUGACGUGAAAUCAGUUCAAUCCGACAUAGGCAAGAGCCCCGGCUCGGCAGCCUACGUCGUCCCUAUCGCCGCCGUGGACUCGUCCUACUGCCUCCUCACAACCAAAGGCCCGGACUCCUGGGAACACCCCGACGUCCCCGCCCUCGAAGUCGCCAUCGCCUUCCUGCGUGCCGUCGAAGGACCCCUCUGGACAUCCAUCCGCGGUACAGGACUCGCAUACGGCGCUACGGUUAGGAAGAGCAUCGAGAGCGGGAAAAUCAAUUUCUGGAUCGACCGUUCGCCGGAUUGCUACAAGGCCUUCGUUGCUGGCAAGGAGGAGAUUGAGGGCUAUGCCAGUGGUGCGAAGCCUUUGAAGAAGCUCUCCAUCGAAGCCGCGGUUGGCGAACUCGUGUUCGAAAUGGCGGAUAACGCUCCCACGAUGGGCAUUGCCGCCGACGAGUCGUUCGCUGACCAGGUUCUGCGAGGCGUAGGCAAGGACCACUCGAAGCGCUUGCUAAAGGACAUCAUGGCAGUUGGAAUUGAGGAGGUCAAAGCGGCGAUGGCGAAGUGGUUGUUGCCGUUGUUCGACCCCAAGAGUGCAAAUUUGGUGGUCACUUGUGCGACGGGCAUGCAGGAGAAGAUGGUGGAGAAUUUUGGCAAGGUUGGGUUUGAGGUGCAGGCGAAGCCUUUGGAGUUCUUUCAGGAUGAUUAUGGACUUGAGGAGCCGGAUGGGGAUGAUGAUGAGGAUGAUGAUGAGGACGACGACGAAGAUGAUGAUGACGAGGAGGGCGAUGAGGAUGAAGAGGACGACGAAGGAGAGGAAGAGGCCUGA